AUGGAGUUGCUAUUCAUCUUCACUUCACUUGUGUUAUUCCUUUCUUUCAUCCUUCUUUUAAGGAAGCAAUCAAAAAUCUUCAACAAAAAAUUGCCUCCAGGGCCAUGGAAGUUACCUUUUAUUGGAAACUUGCACCAGUUAAUGAAUGGCCGCCUUCCACAUUAUACUUUCAGAGAUUUAUCGCGAAAAUAUGGCCCCAUUUUUCAUUUACGUCUUGGAGAAGUAUCACACGUUGUUGUAUCUUCACCUGAUACAGUAAAAGAAAUAAUGAAAAUUCAAGACCUUCAUUUUUCUACUAGGCCUCAAUUAUUGUUCGGUGAAAUUAUUAUGUAUAGUCACUCGGACAUUGGAACAUGUCCAUAUGGUGAUUACUGGAGAAACAUGCGCAAAGUGUGCAUCCUGGAACUUCUUAGCACAAAGAUUUUUAGUUACAUGCAGGACAUGUUCAUAGCCGGAGCUGAGACGUCAUCUGCAAUUAUCAUUUGGGCAUUGGCAGAGAUGAUAAGAGAUCCAAGAACAAUGGCUAAAGCACAAUUUGAAGUUAGACAAGUCCUUAAGGGAAAGACAAUAUUUGAGGAUACUGAUCUUGAAGAGUUGAAGUACUUAAAAUUAGUGAUUAAGGAAAUGUUAAGGUUGCAUCCUCCAUUUCCUUUAUUAUUGCCAAGGGAAUGUAGAGAAGAAACAAGAAUCGGAGGAUACACAAUACCUGUCAAAACCAGAGUUCUAAUUAACGCAUGGGCAAUUGGGAGAGAUCCUGAAUAUUGGCAUAAUCCUGAAAGCUUUAUUCCUGAGAGAUUUGACAAUAAUCAUAUUGAUUUUCGAGGAAAUCAUUUCCCUUUGGUGCAGGAAGAAGAAUGUGUCCAGGGUAGUUAUUCGGCUUAA